CUGCCAGAGAAUUGAGCGGCGUGCGACACGUCGAUCAGCAGCUGCUUAUUUUAUGUUUAAUGUGGCACCGCCGAUGCUGCAUACCAAGACUCUUUCACCGUCUCCGACGUCGUGUCUAUAUCUUCCAACUGUUCCGCUCUGUGUCUUACCAACUCUCGACAUCAGAGGUACGGAGCAUAGUACAACACCACGCCCACGAUGUCUACAAUGACGUUACCGGUAGCCCCACAGCUGGCUGACACGGAACACCAAUUAUCCUGUCCAAAUUGUGGUUCUGGAGUCUCUUUGGACUCAUCACGCCUAGCACUUGAUGCACAGCGACAAAUCGAAGAUCUUCAGGCACAAGUCCGCCUUCUGACCCAAAAGGCUACUGCUGCUGUGGACAGAUGGGCAGACUAUGAAGACGAACUCCAGAUGAUGCGCCAGCAGUGUGCAUCGCAAGAAAUAGCGCGCACCAGCACCCCGCCAGCCGCGAUACAGAACAGGCUCUCAUCCUUCCUCACCUCUCGCAAAUCAGUACCUAAUCUCGGUCAACAGCCACCUCUACCCUCCACUACCACAUCUGAGCGGGACCUCGCCGCUGCACUGAGCCGAGAGCAGGUCUUACGGCAACAGGCGGAAGGGAAGCUAGACGAAGCGAGUGGAGAACUGGAAGAGUUAAGCCAGCAACUGUUUGAGCAGGCAAACGAAAUGGUGGCAACAGAGCGGAAGGCCCGAGCGAAAUUAGAGGAACGCGUUGCAGUGCUUGAGCGGAGAGAUGUAGAAAAGAGAAAGAGGUUAGAGCGGCUUGAGGGAGCAAUGGGGAGAAUUGAACGGGUGAGGGGACUCCUUGCCACACAAGGGGAUAAGUGAUGGCUCUAUGCUUCACAGGCGCUUUGUUGCAACAUUAUAGCCCGGUUGAAUAGGUGAGACCUGGUCGAAGAUUUGUGGUAGGUUGUUGUGGUCACUGGAAGGGAAGCAUUACUUGGGUCUGGGCUUGGGCUAUUGGAUCCGUAGAUCCUGGACACAAAAGCGCGCUAUGUUUGUUAUACCACCUUAUAGUUUUAGAAACGCACAGCAUCAUCAUAGGAGAACCAGCUCAAUUAAGUAGUUAUUUAUUAAUACACGACUUUAAAAGUCACAAA